AUGAAGAAAUAUCCUAUUUCAACGUUUCGGAAAACUGUGGCCAAAGUUGCUGGAGUUUUAUUUGUUGUUGAAGGCCUUGCUUUUGUGGGAGCUUAUGGAGUAUGGCAUAAAAUGAACACUUCGCGUGAUUUCCGCUAUUACAUGUAUAAUAAUCAUAACUGGGCACUUGAAAUGUUUUAUAAGUGUGGUGAAUUCAUGUCUUCGACAUCAAGUUGUAGAAAAGCUGAUCUUCUUGCUUGGACGGCAGAGGAGAAAACACAAGAAAAAUGA